CCCCCAGCAAACAGACGGAUGUGGUUGGUUCCUAAAAUGGCGGCGGUUUCUGUCAGUUAGGAGUGAAACUUUCUAAUUUUUAGUCAAUAUUUUGUCGUGUUCCAACACAUUCUCGUCAUUGGAGUCGGGUAUUUAUUGACGUAAGCGUCGUCGGAAUACCGAGACGUGUGGCAGCGGACGUCUGGAUAGAGGGGCAUCAUCCUGGGCACCGUUUUUGAUCGCUCCCUUCGAAGUUGACGGUGGCUCAGUGCCUGACAUUGCGAUCGUACGAAGUGUUGUUGUCAUCGUCAGAUUGUUCAACGCGAACCCAUCAGCCAUCCUGGCGAAUCAAAUGGAGAAGCUCCAGGACCUGAGCCAAUCAGAGCUACAGGACCUCCUGGACAACCCUGAGAGGGUGGCGGCAAUGGCCCUGGAGUCUGACGAGAUCCAAAACAUCCAGCUAGAGCGAGAGAUGGCCUUGGCUUCAAAUCGCAGCUUGGCUGAACAAAACCUGGACAUGAAGCCUCGUCUUGAGUCACAGAAGGCACUGCUGGUGGAGAGAUAUUCUCAACUGGAGGCUGUCAGAGAAACCUGUAGAAAGCACUGCUCUUUGAGAGAUGGGAUGGUUGGCCAGGUGUCUCCAGAGGCAUUGCUCUCCAGACUACAGACAGAGGGCAGCAAAACAGAGGAAGAGUCAGAGACUCUUGCUGAUCAGUUUCUGGAGGGCUCACUCCCGUUGGAUUCCUUCCUGGAACGCUUCCUCUCCCUGCGAUCUCUCGCCCACACAAGACGGGUGCGGAUAGAAAAACUGCAGGAGAGUCUCCGCCAGAGGAGCGAAGGCAAUCCCCCCACCAUGACAUCAUCGGCGGGCAUCAGCCAGGACCUCACUGCCACAACGGGCCCCUGGAAUCAGCCAACGACAACAGGACCGACAACAAAUCAGCAGCAGCCAAACUCCAAAGCUCAGUCCUCUCAGCCAGCCUCUUCAUCUACAGGGGGCACCUCCGGCCUGCCCUACAGCCCUUACCCUGUGCCCCCCCCUAUCCCUCCCCCUGUGGCGGCGGCAGCUGCAGCAGGCUCGGUUCCAGCCAACCCACCGUCUCAGUUCCCUCUGUACCCAAGUUCUGGCUCACCUUUUACCCCCGCAGGAAGCUUCUCCAGCACUAGGCCGGCCUUUGAGCCUCCAGCUUCAGUCACAUGCCCUUACCCAACCCAAGCCGCCUUCCCUUCUCCAUACCCGGGCUCAGCGUUUGGCCAGUACACACCCAGCAACCCCCCGAGCGGCCCUGCACCCUACCCAGCCACCUACAACUAUGGUGGCUACAGCUACCCAGCCGGGCCCACCUACUCCAACUCCCAGUCACCAACGGGCAGACCCAUCUACAGACCAGGAUAUGGAGUUCCACAGCCGUACUCCUGAGAGCACUGCUGCUCCUCCCUCUCUGCUUCCCUUCUUGCCUGUCUGGCCCUUUUCUCCUCUGUCCCAUCGCUCUCUUGGUCUUUCUCUGAUUUCCCUGUCUCUCUCUUCUACCCCGAGUAUCUACCUGUUCUGUCUUUCCUUUCUCACAGAUUUAAGAGGUCUCCUGCUUUACUUCUCUUUGUUGCACUAUUUCUCUUUUUCUAAUUAUCAGUCUGUCGAUCUUGCAUUCUCCUGUCUGCCCUUUUUCUUUCCUCUGUCACCCUACAACCCCCCCCCCCCCCCCCCCCACUAGUCUCAGGUUGUUGCGUUGUGUUUAAAAGUUAACACACAUGUAUCUGGCCCUCUUAUUAUCCCUCUUCUAUUUCUCUUCCAUUUCAAGUGUGUGUGUGUGUGAGUGAGUCGCUAUUUGGCAAUCAGUAAGUCCUUAUAACACACAAGUGCACUCCCCAUUCCAACAAAUACAAAAACAGAUCAGUCUUUGUAACACUACACCAGUCUCCGUUAAGUGAAACUUUGCUUCAUAUAAUCUCUUGAGCACUGAAGAAACAGCUUGUCCUGGAAAGUUACUGUCUAGUUUCAUUAUAAGAUUAAAACAGAGCAGCUGUAGCAGUUUGGUGAUCAGAGUUUGAGGAGGUCAUCAUGUGUGUAGCUGACUGAUUUGUCACUUAUACCUGUGCCCAGGACGCAGAAUAGCCUCUAGUAAUUCCAGAGACCACUCACCCUUUAAACUUGUGGCAGUGACGCCACAUUGAAUUGCGUAUUCUCAUAUCCUGUCAUGUGACCAGAGGCUUUGUGGAGACUAGUUCUGGGAGUGUGUUGUGUCCAGCAUGUAUUGAUUUGGCGCUUCUUGUUUUGUGGGUGUUUCUGUAAAUGCUCACCACUGUUAUGUACAUGAGGAGAAACCAAUUAGCCACAUAUCAGUCUGGAGCCAGGCUUCACAGUUUGUCAAUUUUAAACAAGUGUGAGCGCGUGUUUGUUUUUCUACUACCACCAGCGUGGAAAAGAACAGCUCUCAGUACACAGUGGCUUCUCUCUGGGAGCAGCUCUUGCUUCUUGUGCUUUGAAACAAGUUUCAGAGCAAAGGGAUUCCAUGUGGUUUUGUUCCUCAACCUUUCAUAUUCCACUCCAUCACUGGGUUCAAAUGAAUAAUGAAAAAGGUGCAGCUUGACGAAAUGGGCGACUCCUCUUAAAGCUCCCCUUAUGUUUCAUCGUGCGUUCCACAGGCAUGAGUUGUAGAAGCAACCAGACUGGAGACGACGGUGCAAAAUCCAGACACAAGCUUCAUUUCACUCAUAAAUAUCAUUUUGUUUCUUUUGGCUCACAACCUCAAAGAACAUGUGAUCUCCAUUUUGUUGGAGAGAAUCACUGAUCAGUUGUGUGUGACAAAAUCUAUUAUCUAUUAUUAUCAUUGGAAUUAAACUGGAGGGAACAAAAAGAUCAUUUAAUAAUCUCCAAAUGUUGCGUUGCUCCAGGGACCGCGUGGCUUUGGACAGUUGAACACCGUUGCCUCCAGUGCUCAUGAUAACACACAGAAAGCUGUAAGGGACUGAAUUGAUCCCAGCCUUUAAAAUGCUGUAAUGCUACAAACACCACAGAAGAAGAAAGCAGGGGUCUCAUGAAUGCUUUUCCAUCACUGUGGGCUCCUGAUACUGUAGCUACUGAAGGAGCAGCUGUUAGCAACGGUUCUUUUAGUGUUCAGUAAUGAUGGUCUGGUUCCACUGCCCUCUAAUAUAAUGUACAUGUCGCUGUAGGUGAAACAUGUCUGAUCGUCAGCAGUCGCACAUUUAUGACUUAAGGCUCAAUAUGUGACGACCUGUUGCUCAGUCACCUGGCUGAGCCAUCAUUGGCUCCAGCCUGCAGCUCUACUCCAACAUAAUGUGUUGCAUUAUCUUUAUUUAGCAGAAGGAGACACUGGUGAGUGUGAGCUGAACAGAAGGCUGCUGCCUGUAGUCUGCAAAGCACGUUGAAACUGAAUCAUGAGCAAAUGAUCCUGGACAGAUCAAUAUUUAAACUUCAUAAACAGCCUUUAAAUGUCUCGACUGUGCGAAUAAAAGGCCUGCUGUUCUCUUUACUUUAUCAUCACCGUCGUCUGUGUCCUGCCUGUAAGUCACCACACAUUUGUCUUCAGCUUAACGUGACUCAGACCACGAUGAGCUCCUCUUGUCCAGAUUAGAAGACGUGAACGCAGCAGUGGCUCUGGGCUCGGGCCCGUCUGUCGCAGACGGGUCGUGUUCCGGGUAGUAUCGCCGUGUUUUAGAAGAAGCACAAGGGAGAUGUUCUAUUAUAGUCUAGCAUUAAUAUUAUUCAGAUGGAUGUAUCUGUUUUCAUGGUGAGGAAAUAUACGAUGAUAAUGACUGUAGAUUAUUAAAAGAACCUUUUUGGUUUUGCUUUCUCCUUUUUGGGGGGUUGUGAAUAAUAAAUCUGAAGUUGAUUUCAA